UUAGACAUUGGUCAGGCGCUCGAAAUCUUGCGUUCCAACCAUUUUAAAAACAGGGGGCUUGAACAAAGUAAUGGAUUCAUGGGAAGUGAUGACACGUAAAACAGCAACCGUUUACACGCUAAAGGGGGAGUGAGAGGUCGCUGAAAACAUAUCCAGGAAAUAGCUAUAGCUAGUCAACGGCAGCCGUUGUAGCUUACGUUACGUCGUAGCUAUUACGGGUUAGCUUGCAUGCUAACUGACAAGUCAGAAAUCAGAUGCCAAAUCAGCUAACCAGCUAGCAUAUAAGUUGUGUUGCUCAUGUUAUUGAAAACGUUUUGUUAGAAGGACGUUUGCAUUGGACAUAGUGAUUUGCCACUUGCCAUUACUCUUACGAAAAUGUCUUCGAGAGGGGGAUACCAAAUGAAUACAGGUAGUCCAAUGAACCCUAACAUGAACGUUAACCAAAUGACAGCUGGACAUGGAGGCAGCGUGAGAAUGCCACCACCGCCAGCUGCAAUGCAACAGAACUCUGGAUUCCGGACCAUAACUAACCCCGCCUCGCAGUACCAUCAGCGCCCUGGCAUGCCUCCCAGUAGAGGAGUGCCUAUGGGAGGAAUGGCGGGACCUGUGCCAGGGCCUUCCUAUGGUUCCAGCCUGCCCAUGCGCUCUGGAAUGCCUCCGGUCGCCAUGGACCCUUCGCGAAAGAGGUUCCUCCAGCAGCAGCACCAGGGUCUGGGAAGUCAGAGACGUGGUGUCAAAAGGCGCAAAAUGGCUGACAAGGUGCUCCCACAGAGGAUCAGGGACCUGGUCCCUGAAUCUCAGGCCUACAUGGACCUGCUUGCCUUUGAGCGGAAGCUGGAUCAGACAAUUGCCCGUAAACGUAUGGAGAUCCAAGAAGCCAUAAAGAAGCCCAUCACGCAAAAACGCAAGCUGAGGAUUUACAUCUCUAACACCUACACACCUGCCAAGCCAGAGGGUGAGGAGGCAGAGAAGGUGGCCUCCUGGGAGCUGAGAGUGGAGGGCAAGCUGCUAGAGGACCCUGGAAAGCAGAAGAGGAAGUUUUCCUCCUUCUUCAAGAGCUUGGUCAUCGAGCUUGACAAGGAGCUGUAUGGACCAGACAACCACCUGGUUGAGUGGCACAGAAUGCCCACCACCCAGGAGACGGACGGCUUCCAGGUGAAGAGGCCAGGUGACGUGAGCGUGAAGUGCACCUUGCUCCUCAUGCUGGAUCACCAGCCCCCACAGUACAAGCUAGACCCCCGCCUGGCCCGGCUGCUGGGGGUCCACACACAGACCCGGGCCAGCAUCAUGCAGGCGCUCUGGCUCUACAUCAAGAACAACAAGCUGCAGGACAGCCACGAGAAGGAGUACAUCAACUGCAACCGCUACUUCCGCCAGAUCUUCAGCUGCACCCGCAUGAGAUUCUCAGAGAUCCCCAUGAAGUUGGCGAGCCUGCUGCAGCACCCCGACCCCAUCGUCAUCAACCAUAUGAUCAGUGUGGACCCCAAUGACCAGAAGAAGACCGCCUGCUAUGAUAUAGACGUCGAGGUGGACGACCCUCUGAAGGGGCAGAUGAACAGCUUCCUCUCCUCUACUACCAACCAACAAGAGAUUGCUGCCCUGGAGAUGAAGAUCCACGAGACUAUUGAGUCUAUUAACCAACUGAAGACACAGAGAGACUUCAUGCUGAGCUUCAGCAACAACCCACAGGAGUUCAUCCAGGACUGGCUUAAGUCCCAGUGCAGAGACCUCAAGUUGAUGACUGACAUUGCGGGAAACCCAGAGGAAGAGAGGCGUACGGAGUUCUACCAAGCGCCUUGGGUGCCAGAGGCUGUGGGGCGUUAUGUCUUCUCUAAGGUGCAGCAGAGAAGGCAGGAACUGGAGCAGGUACUUGGAAUCCGACUGACUUGAAGCCCUGUUCUCACAUGGAGGGGCUUUCCAGCUGUCGGCCAUCUUGUCCCCCCCCACCCAAGGCCUCAUAGCAGGACAAAGGCAGGCCCACCAUGGCGGUUGUCUUCACAGCAAAGCUGGGAAAUGCAACCAAGCAGCAAAACUGGAAUCAGUGGACAUCGGCAGUUUCAAGCACUUCCAUUUUUAUUUGCCUAUUUUUCUUGUGAAAUUUUCCAAUGUAACCACCUGUGAUUUCUCUUCUGUCAGUUAAAGCCUUCUUUCUCACUUUUUACAUUUGUGUGAAAUUUGGGGAAAGCCUUUCUUUGCCUUUCUUCUGUGAUUUUUUUUCUCAUCAGUACUUCCUGUGAUACCUUGGACCACAGUGAAAUGUACACUGUCUGGUGUCUUUUUUUGGAGUAUGAAACCUACUGUUUAUUAAUGCAAUUUAUUUCUCUUGUAUGUCUGUCAGUUUUAAAGCCAACCAAAUUUAUUUUUUUAUAAUUUUCAUCAUCCGUGAUUAUGAGGUAUUAUAAGGAAUUUUUGCACCUAAACCUGGAAAACCCCGGUUAUGCAAAACUUAUGAAAGCUUAAGGGUUUUCCAUGUAAGUUUUGCCCAAUAUGUGUGUUAAUAUCUAUGGUUGCCAGGACACAGGACGUCUUUGUGGCAUUUGGAGCUUUGCAUGGUUAUAGGGGUUUUUGGUAUUGUUUUUUCCGCUUGUUCAGUUAACUAUUCCACUGAAGUGUUUACAGCCUUUUUGUUUGGCUAUCCUGUAGGAAAUCAGCGUGGAUUAGACAGGAGCCCACUGAGCCUAGUGGAUUUAUGUUGGGAGUCUUUAUACAGUGACCAUCUUUGAAACUAUAUUGAUUAGGAAGGAAUCAAAGCCAUAGAUUAAGCCUUCUACAAUCCAUUCUAAGGGCUCUGGUGUGUUUUUUUCCCCCCACGUGUAUGGGUGUCCUUUCAUACCACUAGGAUUAAACUCUGCAAACCUGAUGCAGGUUAUUUUUUUUUUGUGUGUUGUAAAAGUGAGAAGAAAACAUUCCAAAAAUGUGACAUAUCUGCUCACAUAUACUUGUUGUGGCAAAGUUUGUUGCACUAAGGUGUAUUUUUAAUGUCGAAGUGUGGACAAUCCUAUUGUUGUAGUUGACAUGUUUCAGUGUGUGCUUAUGGGGAAAGGUGGCUCAGUGUCAAGACUGUCUGUUCUCUAGCGCUCUCCAGCUACUUCAUAGCUGGCAAAAGUUAAAUGAUCCUAUAUGUGUCAUUCAGUAGAAAGCACAGACUAAAAACUGAAAAGUAUAAAACAUACACUUCAUAGCUGUGGAGAUUUCCAGGCUAUGAGUAAGAAUUGCUUGUCUUUUCUGGAGUCCAGGCGAACUCUUGCUUUAGUUGUAGAGUUCUUGCUCAAAGCACUUGAAUCUGAAGAACAAAGGCACAAUGGUACUGAGGACAGCUCUGCCCUGUUCAGUGUGGCCUAUUGGGAUUCAGGAACUGUAACUCCGUUCAAAACAUGUCUGACCUUUGUCAGUUGGUUAUUUGCGUCAGCUGACUGCAUUUAACAAGGAAAGGACUGUUCUCUCAGUAUUCUCUGAACCAGGAAAUGAACACACUUUUGAUAAUUCUUUUUAAAGAAUUUUGCAUGUUUUUGUAUUUACAAUCAGAAACUUUUUAUAUCUUUUUUUUACGCUUUAUAUGUUUUGGGAUUUUGGUACAUUUAUAAAAAAAUAUAUAUAAAACAUUUUUAAAAAAUAAAAUGUGCUUGCUGGAACAAA